AUGGUGAGUGUAUUAAUGAUCAUUCACCAUAACUACCCAGUGAUGGAUCACUACAAGCCAGAGGAGUGUUCAGUCUGUCUUAUCAAUUAUGACGAAGAUCUACGGCCUCGCUCACUGCCGUGUGGGCACUCAUUCUGCUCCAAGUGUGUUGACAAUGCUAUCAAGAAUGGUCAGCUGACCUGCCCCAGCUGCCGCACCCAGCACAGUGCCCGAGCUGCUGCUCACCUCCCUAUUAAUUAUGGUAUAGAGGCAUGUGUCAGGAAACUAAAACAAUACCAGCUUAUGCCAAUGGGAACUUCAACAGCAAAACGCUGCCAAACUCAAACUGGUGUCGCCAGCAAGAAGUUACGUUCUAUGGUGGAGGAGCAGAAGAGCAGUAUCAGAAGCCUUAUUACUGAGCGUGAAGAGGUACUGUCCCAGCUGGGUGAGUACCGGGGGCAGCUGAGUGACUGGAAGACUCGACACCUCCAACUCCAGGAGAGACUGGUAGAGCAGAACAAGGCCGUAAUGAAACUCUUAGAACAGGAGGAUGUCAGAGUGGUGGCUAUGACAACACAAGGAGAGGAAGUGAUGACUCUGCUGCAAGCCAUGUUGGGAAGCCUUGACACAGCCAACUCUAUAGACAACGCCGAUACUGCCAUUGAUACAGCUGUUGAGGGUAAUGUGGAGGUGCAACAUUGGUUCCAGAAGUGUCAGGCGCUCUUCCCGGAUGUCAACACUGUGUACAUCUCAGUGAAGGUGCAGGAGACCAUCAGGAAGGCCCUGGAUAUUAUAAUGACCACAGUGGCAGGUACCACAACUGAUCCCGUACACCUGGGAGACUCAGCCUCCAGCAUCAUGAAUAAAGUUCGAGAUAUCACUGGAGAGAUCACCAAGAAGCCAUUAACUGUAUGUUUAUCAUCCUUUUGCAUUCCUCUUUCCCUUUCCGUAGAGUAG